UGAGUGGAGUUACAUCGGCAGGUGCAGCCUCAACUCAGAACACGAUGAUUGCAGUCAACGAGAUUUAAGGAGAUCAAAACUUCCGGUCCAACCGAGCGUUUUCUGCGUCGCCAUGAUGAAUUGGGCGCUGAAGCCACGGAGGAACGGAUAGCGACGGGGCCCAUAGCACUCAACAACAGAAUGAUUAACAAGCUAGCCAAACUCGAAGACAAGGUUGUCGAUCCAAAGUUAGCCGACAAGUUGCUGGAAGGAACCAUACUUCAAACGAAACUCGACUCGGCUCUCUCCUUAUCAGGGAGAAAUAAAUUGUUCGAGAGUUUGCGAGCAGAAGGUGUGGAUCCGAAUGCGUUAAGCAAAGUCAUCAAAAUGCACCCCGCCAUUGAAAAGAAGUACAGGAUUGUCUACACGAUGUACGAAGGCUACGUAAAGGUCGCCGAUGCGAAAAGACUUGCGAAACUUAAAAGGAAGAGAACCGACAGCUAGUUGCCGCCGUAUUUUGGGACGUUGUUCCAGAAUUUAAAAUUCGCCUCACCAGAAAAGGGCACGUGGAACUUAGGUACCAACAAGUAAAAAAUGAAAAGUCAUGACUUUUGGGCCUGGUUUGUCGAGAUACUAGCCUUUUUUCGGUUGAUAUCUGCAGAUAUCACCAGUAAUAAGACCUAAAUACUACGUUUGCAUUGGUAAGAUGUGGUUUCCAAUAUAAUUAGCAGUUGCGACUUCAUGGAAUUGCUAAGAGGCAAUUGCCUGCAUGCAGAGCAGGAUAGAGAGAGGAUAGCGAGAGGAUAGCGAGAGGAUAAAGGGAGGAUACUGAUUUGGCUAACGUUAGGAUUCGAGUAAAUUUUAGGGUUACUGGUUUCAGAACUAUUAAUAGAAAACGAAU